AUGAAAAGAGGUAAGUACGAGGUACAGAAAUAUUUGAGAAAUUAUCCCAAAUUAGGAAACAACGUGACGUAUGAGUGGUUGAAUCAAGACGUGUGAUUCAACCCGAAAGUUUGUGAGAUUUUUUGAGACCGUGUUCUUGUGUACUUGGUAUGUCGUUUGAGUACACAAAGAAAAAGUCAGAAUAUAUAAGUGCCAUGUAAGAAACGUGAGUACAUGGUAUGAUAGAAACGUAAUUUCUAAACAUAAUUUAUAACGUAAAUCCUACAAGAGAUAUCUGUAAAAUGUAAAAGCUUGUCUAAGCUUAACUCCAUAAAUAUAUGUAUAUAACAUGAAGAAUUUCAAUAAAACUUUAAUGCCAUAUCUGCUAAAAGAUUAAACCAUAACCUAAAUAAAUACUUAUUUAUAAGUAGUUAACAGGGGUAUUGCCCCAGUCAUAUGCAAGGAUUUUGUAAUUUGCAUAAAAUAAAUUACAGUAAUAACAUGAAACCAACUAUAGCUGCUGAUAUGCAGAACAAGUUGCUUAAUACAAGAAAAAAACGAAACCGAUAUGCCUGCCGGCAGCAAAGGGGUUAAUAUGCCUGUGACUUGGCCGUAAAGCGUGUGGCCGUAAAGUAAGGCCGUUUUAAAUCGCGACGCCGUGGGAAAUGAUCCGGGCGACGGAUUUACGAUUUUGAAGUCCUGUGGACUUAAUCUGCGACGAAAACACCGGGUAUGUGCGUGGCUGAACGGGCGGAAAACCUGUAAGGAUUCCUGGACACAGCUACACCAAACGAAAACCGCGGGUUUUUGAAAAGCAAGAUGGCGCCGUACGUGAACCGGAAGUGGAUUCUCGAUGCAGCGCUGACCUCGAACGGUAUGGAGCCAGGUAAGGGGUGUCCCUUAAGUAGGGAGAAGGUGAGUCAUACGCCCCUCCCACAAUUACAGGCCAAAAGGCCUUAAUACAUAUAUAUAAGUAUACAUACAUACACAUGUGUGUAUAUAAAGAAUGUGUGACUAAGUGGCUACUACAAAAGACUAGACAUACCCCAUUAUUUUUUAUUUUUUUUAAAUUUGGCAUUGUUUGGUUUAAUACCUUAGGUUGUCUUCUUUUAAAAAAUAUAUACAUGUGAAGGGUUAUUCAGGGAUUCCUGACAGAUAUCAGUGUUACUAUGUAACUUUCAUUAAUUAUGGCAAAAAAAUGGUUUGGAAAUAGCAAAGUGCUACUUGUACUUAUUGCCCUAUAGCUUGCAAAAAAAAAGCUAAGAACAUGUUAACAUUGGGUAUUUUAAAACUCAGGACAAAAUUUAGAAACUAUUUAACACAGGUGUUUUUUUGGCGGUUGUAGAUGCGUAACAGAUUUUGGGGGUCAAAGUUAGAAAAAGUGUGUUUUUUAAAAUUCUUUCAUCAUAUUUUAUAAUUACUUUUAUGGUAAAUUAUAUGAUAUGAUUAAAAUAGUGGUAUCUUUAGAAAGACCAUUUAAUGGUGAGAACAAAGGUAUAUAAUAUAUCAAUAAAUGAGUAAGAGAAAAAUUACAGCUAAACACAAACACCACAGAAAUGUAAAAACAGCCCUGGUCCCAAACCGUAAGAAGAUUGAAAAACGAUCUGGUCACUAAGUGGUUAAGUUUCAGAAGACAAAAAAUGUGCAUGCAAUUAGAAAUAAAAAUGUAUUUGGAAAAUGUACAAAUGGAUUCAGUAUCAUAAUUCAGUAUCAUAACACGUGAAAUAGAUACAGUUGACAUUGCAUUGACUAUAUUAGUUUGAUAGUGUGACAAACUGCCAUUUGCCACUGGGCAUUGGAGAGGACUGAUUGCUAGCCUCCUGCCCUGCGACUAUGGCCCUGGGAUGUAUUGCCCUUUAAGAACUGAUUUGGACUUAUGGACUUUUAUUGUACAGUGCUGGCCCUUUUAAAAACAGUGUAUGGACACAUGGAAACUUUUUGGACACUUUUUCUUCCCCUUUGAAUCCCUGGGAAGGUGAGGCUCUUCCCCUCCCCCAGCUCCAUUGUUCUCCAGCAGGGAGUUGUCCCAGGGACACUGCCAGACCAGUGGGAACUGGUUUGGGAAGGAAAAGCCAUGCUUGCAAUUGAUAAUAAAGGGACCUCAACCUAACUUUUUAACCCCUGGACGGAUUCAUGUGAUUUUUACAUAUGUUGCUCCCCAAGUUAUGCUGAUAACAGAAAUAUAAGUUUUAUUCGUAUGUGAUGUAAAAUACAUGGGAUGUAAAAUACAUGUGAUGUAAAAUACAGGGAGUUAUAAAAAUGUAUAAAAAGUGUAACUUUUCAGCUUGGAGAUAAUUGAGUAGAUACAGCAAUUGACUCAAUUAUCUCCUAAGCAGAGGGGAGGAAUAUGAUGGGUGUGUUUCUAUUGUCCCAUUGUGUCUGAUUGGCUGCUGUACUUGCAUUGUAUAUGUUGUAAUGUGUUUAUUGGUUGUUCUGAAAAACCCUGUGGGUGGUCCUAUGUAGGGAAAACCUGCAUAAAAGAAGGCCCUUUGGUGCCAAGUAAUACAGAUCUUCUUGACCCUCAAUACGUAGCCUUGUCUCGUUAUUGGAGGGAACUGCUAUAUCACACUGGGGAUUGCUAUGCUCUGCAUACUCCCCUGAGCUUUUAAUCACUUAGCUCUUUUAAGAGCUGUUCCUGUUACGCUCUCCAGGAGGAGAGGUCUUCCCCACAUGGUCCUGGAGGACAGAAGCUGAUCCAGGGUGGAAGGAAGACGGCGAGACUCCAGUUAAGCUACGGCGGUUGGAGAGUCUGCGGUGGUUGUGGUGUCUGCUGCAGUGUUUGGAGUCCUCAGGAAGCGCUAGGAGCAUCCAUCAACGGAGGGUACUCGGUCGGAGUACAGGGAGCUCCGUUACAGAUAGAUUUAAGUUUUAAAGGGAAAGUGGUAUGUCCAAAUCCUACUCUUGUUUGUUGAAUGCAAACUCUUUUGACAUUUACAAGGAUAGAGUUGAAAUGUGUUACAAGCUACAAUGUAAUGUUGUAAUGUUGCUUAUGUAUCCUUUCCUGAGCUUUUGUGAAAGAUGUUCAAAAUGUAUCUUAUAAGUGCCGCAUUGCUCGCUCAUUUAUAUUUCAAAACACAUAUAAGAUCAUGGUCAGAAUAAACUAUUUCAAUAUCUUUUGUUUCUAUCAUAUUUAAUUGUACAGAUUUUCUUCAAUUCAAAAUCUUUUGACAUUUGCCAAGACUGUGUUCCUAUGGGUCAUAGACUACAAUGUAAUGCUUCAGAUGUUUACUGUUAUUCACAUUCAAGAUGUUCAGUGUUUAUAUUAUAUUUAAAUCAUUGUUGUCUUGUUAAAUUAGGGAUUUAGACAUCCUUUGUUUAUAUUAUUUUUCAUUGUACAUAUAUUCCAUAUUUUAGUUACUGCUCCAGUGGAGAAUGUGAUCAUAGAGAAUAUAACCACCAAUUUAUGGUCAAAGACUAAAUGUCUUAAUGUGUUUCAUGCCUCACCUGCUAUAGACUGUAAGCUUGUUUGAGCAGGGCCCUCUUCAACCUAUUGUUUCUGUAAGUUUUCUUGUAAUUUUCCUAUCUAUAGUUAAAUCCCCCCUCUAAAAAUAUUGUAAAGCGCUACGGAAUCUGUUGGCGCUAUAUAAAUGUCAAUAUUAAUAAUAAAAAUAAAUUAUCUGUUUAGAUACCUUUUGUUUAUGUUAUUUCUCAGAGCACAUUAUUUCUAUAUUCUAGUUCCUGCUGCAGUGGAUAAUUUGAUCAUAGAGAAUAUCACCACCAAUUCUGUUCUCCUGAUCUGGCAAACUCCUGAAGGGAACAGAAGUUCAUAUGAAUUAGAAGUUUUAGGCAAUUCAUCAUCCAUUGUGAGCCUUAAUUCUAAUGAUACAUCUUACCUUGUGGAAAACUUAAUACCUGGGAACUUUUACACAUUCAAUAUCUAUGCCAAAGCUGGAAACGGUUUGACUGGGGGCAUCGCAGAAAACUAUACAUUCACAGGUAUAUAUAGAAUAGCAUGUUGAUAAUCAUUAUAAAAAUGUAAUAGCAAAAUGAUAGCUAAAUAAUUAACUUUCAGAAGAUAAAAAUAACCUAUAUGUAAGUUGAAAGGAACAUUAAUUUGGUAAAUAUACAAUGUAAGAUUUUAAAGCAACUGUGGUAUAUCCAUUUUUCCCCUUUGUUAAAUCCAGGUUAAGUUUCUUGAAGGCAAAAUCUUUUGCCAUUUGCCAAGACAGUGUUGCAAUGGGUUUUGACCUACCAUGCAAUGUUUCUGAUGGUUGCUGUUAUUCACAAUCAAGGCGCUCAGUGUUUCUAUUAUAGUUGAAGCAUUGUUGUCUUGUGCAUAUUUCAAAAAUAUAUAUAUGGUCAAAGACAAAACUAAUAUUUCGAUCGUCUUUGUUUAUGUCAUAUUUCAUCGAACAUCAUUUCUAUAUUCUAGUUCCUGCUGCACUACAGAAUGUGAUCAUAGAGAAUAUCACCACCAAUUCUGUUCUCCUGAUCUGGCAAACCCCUGAAGGGAACAGAAGUUCAUAUGAAUUAGAAGUUUUAGGUGAUUCAUCAUCAAUUGUGAGCCUUCAGUCUAAUGAUACAUCUUACCUUGUGGACCAGUUAAUACCUGGGAACUUUUACACAUUCAAUAUCUAUGCCAAAGCUGGAAACGGUUUGACUGGGGGCAUCGCAGAAAACUAUUCAUUUACAGGUAAACAUUGAAUAGCAGGUUGAUAUCUCAUUAUAAAAUUUGAAAAGCAAAAUGAUAGCUAAAUAAUUAACUUUCAGAAGAUAAAAAUAAACUGCAUGUUGGUUGAAAGGAACAUUAAUUUGGUAAAUAUAUACUAAUGAGUUUAAGGUGAUAGCAGAGUGAAUUAGUUAGAUUUGACAAUGCAUUGACUAUACUAAUUUGACAAUGUAAGAUUUUAAAGCAACUGUGGUAUAUCCAUUUUUCCCCUUUGUUAAAUCCAGGUUAAGUUUCUUGAAGGCAAAAUCUUUUGCCAUUUGCCAAGACAGUGUUGCAAUGGGUUUUGACCUACAAUGCAAUGUUUCUGAUGGUUGCUGUUAUUCACAAUCAAGGCGUUCAGUGUUUCUAUUAUAUUUGAAGCAUUGUUGUCUUGUGCAUAUUUCAAAUAUAUAUAUGGUCAAAGACAAAAGUAAUAUUUCAAUAUCUUUUGUUUAUGUCAUAUUUCAUUGCACAUCAUUUCUAUGUUCUAGUUCCUUCUGCAGUAGAGAAUGUGGUCAUAGAGAAUAUCACCACCAAUUCUGUUCUCCUGAUCUGGCAAACACCUGAAGGGAACAGAAGUUCAUAUGAAUUAGAAGUCUUAGGCGAUUCAUCAUCAAUUGUGAGCCUUAAUUCUAAUGAUACAUCUUACCUUGUGGACCAGUUAAUACCUGGGUACUUUUACACAUUCAAUAUCUAUGCCAAAGCUGGAAACGGUUUGACUGGGGGCAUCGCAGAAAACUAUACAUUCACAGGUAAAUAUAAAAUAACAUGUUGAUAUUUCAUAAAAUUUGAAACACAAAAUGUAAGAAAAAUUAUACAAUUUCAAUUGUUAAAAUAGAACCAAAACUGAAGGUAACUUAAAAGGAACAUUAAUUUGGUAAAUAUUUACUAAUGCAUUUGUGAUGGAGAGUUGGCAAUGCAUUAACUAGACUAAUUUGACAGUGUUUUUGAAGCAACUGUGGUACAUCCAUUUUUUUCACGUUGCGAAAUCCAGGUCAAGUUUCUUGAGGGCAAAAUCUUUUGACAUUUGCCAAGACAGUGUUGCAAUGAGUCAUGGGCUACAAUGCAAUGUUUUUUAUUCACAAAAAAGGUGUUCUGUGUUUAUAUUAUAUUUGAAGCACUGUUGUCUUAUGCAUAUUUCAAAAAGAUAUAUAUAUAUAUAAAUAUAGCAUGCUGAAAUAUCAUUAUAAAAUUUUAUACCAAAUGUGAUAGCAAAUUAAUUCACUUUUAGAAGAGAAAAAGAAAGUGUAUUUAAGUUGAAUGGAAGAUUUAUCUUGUAAAUAUUUCCUAUUGAGUGUAAGAUUAUAGUAAAGUAGUUAAUUCAAUCUCGUGGCAUGAUGACAUUGGAAGCCAUGGAUGAAGCAUCCGUGGAUCUCGCAGUGCUAAACUGAGCAUCAAGGGAAUCUCGUAACGGAGGCGUAGGAGGAGUGGUGGCACUGCGUUAAUUUCAGAGGGUGACAGUCGCGGUAUGCUAAGCUGGAAAAAAACUUGAUAAUAGUGCUAGUCAGAGUGGUGAAAAAAGAGGGCAAUCCCUGCAAACAGAAGUUGCACUUUGAGGCUGAGAGGCCUUGAGCUCGUGUCUCUGAAACCCUAAAACAUCUCUGCCCAGGCCUUGCUCAUCAGGGCCCAUGGCGUGUGCAUUUGCUGGCGAAGAGUUAGAACAGACUCUACGCCAAGUGGCCCCGCUGCCAUGGUAGGCGAGUUAAGAGAAUUGCGCGUUCAACGCUGUGAAGCUGGCAUCUCGCAUUGAUGACUGCCCCUUCCCCUCCCUCGUGUGUGCUCGUGGCUUCAGAAGGUAGCUCGUAUAAACUAAAGCUUUUGUACCCCCCUCUCCUCCUCCCAAGCUCCUGCCCGCCUUUGUGUCUCUCCCAGUCUUCGUCUGUGUAGUAGCUCCCAUGCCCCUGUGCCCCAAAACCGCCCUGCCCUGCUUCCUGGUGCAUGUGGUUUGGGCCUCUCCUGCUCCCCCUGUUUCCCAGCACCCCUUCCUCUCCUGCCCCCAGGAUAAGUUUCUCUCGGCCCCUCCAGUUUAGCAAGAUUUAGCUGUCCACCCAUCUAUGACUAACAGUGUGUCCGUGCAGGCAUAAGCCUGGUGUACCCUAGUUCUCGCUACCCCUAUCUUAAAACUCAUUGCAAACCCCCAAAACCGGCCGUCCAUUCCAAGGUAUAAUGUUUGAUUCCCGUCCCGUGGUAAAGAGGAGAGGGAACCGGAACCAGAGGAAGAAGCAGCCCAUUCCCGUGGGUCGUCGACUUCUUCGGAAGCCGACGAGGUCGGCCGCACCGCGACAGCUCCGCUCCCCCUCACCCCCCGCGUGCCACGCCAUCUCGCCCUCUUAG